AUGGCUGCCGGUCAUACGCGCUACGUGCGCUACAUUGCGCUCGCGCUCUUUACGCUCACUAUGUUCUACUUCUUCUCCAACUCGAGAUACGAGACCAUCCCCGUUACCGGCAACGUUGGAAACUUCCCUGGUGGUCCUGGAAGCCCUGCAGCUGGUGGCAACCAGCAGGCUCCUGGUGCUGUUCCCAAUGCCCCCAACUCUGGCAACUCUGUCAACUUCCCGCAAGGAGAGUCUGCGCCCGUUCCCGGCGAUGAUGAUACUUCCCUCACCAAGGACGAGAUUCCCGCCCAGAAGCCUGCUGCUGAGGGUGCUGCUCCCGUUGAGCCCGAGGGCGCCGCUAAGCCUGCUGAGGAGCUCGCCAACGCUCCCAUGGCCAUGAACCCCGGCGAGCCUGGCUGGGACAACCUCCUGGGCACUGCUCCUGGUCCCCGCAUGAACGCCACCUUUGUCACUCUUGCUCGAAACAGCGACGUUUGGGAGAUUGCCGAGUCUAUCCGUCAGGUCGAGGAUCGUUUCAACCGACGAUACAACUACGACUGGGUCUUCCUGAACGACAAGCCCUUCGAUGAUCAGUUCAAGAAGGUCACCACAUCUCUCUGCUCUGGUAAGACUCAUUACGGCCUGAUUCCUGAGGAGCACUGGUCCUUCCCCGAGUGGAUUGACCAGGAGAAGGCCAAGAAGGUUCGUGAGGACAUGGCCGCCCGCAAGAUCAUCUACGGUGAUUCCGUCAGCUACCGCCACAUGUGCCGAUUCGAGUCCGGUUUCUUCUUCCGACAGGAGCUCAUGAUGAACUACGAGUACUACUGGCGCGUUGAGCCCUCUGUCAAGCUCUUCUGCGAUAUCCACUACGACCCCUUCCGUGUCAUGCACGAGAACAACAAGAAGUACAGCUUCGUUCUCUCUCUCUACGAGUACAUUGACACCAUCCCUACUCUCUGGGACAGCACCAAGAAGUUCAUGGCCAACCACCCCGAGCACAUUGCCGAGGACAACUCGAUGCGAUUCCUCAGUGACGACGGCGGCAACACUUACAACAAGUGCCACUUCUGGUCCAACUUUGAGGUUGGUAGCCUGUCUUGGCUCCGAAGCAAGCCUUACCUCGACUUCUUUGAGUCUCUCGACAAGGACGGUGGUUUCUUCUACGAGCGAUGGGGUGAUGCUCCCGUCCACUCCAUCGCUGCUGGUCUUCUCCUCAAGAAGGAGCAGAUUCACUUCUUCAACGACAUCGCCUACUACCACGUUCCCUUCACUCACUGCCCCACUGGUGAGCAGAAGCGUCUUGACCUCCGCUGCCACUGCAACCCCAAGGAGAACUUUGACUGGAAGGGCUACUCUUGCACCUCCCGAUAUUACGAGCUCAACGGCAUUGAGAAGCCCCAGGGCUACGAGGAGCAGCAGUAA